AUGACGCAGAUUAUGUUUGAGACUUUCAACGUGCCGGCAAUGUAUGUCGCCAUUCAUUCCGUGCUCUCCUUGUACGGCAGCGGUCGUACCACUGGUACUGUUCUGGACUCCGGCUAUGGUGCGACCCACAUUGUCCCCAUCUAUGAGGGCGAGGCUCUGCUGCACGCGAUUCUCAGUUCGAAUCUUGCUGGUCGUGCUCUGACUGAGAACAUGGCUUUCCUCUUGGAGGGGAUUCACGACUUUACCACAGCUGCCAAGCUGGAAGUUGUGAGGGACAUCAAGGAGAAGCUCGCCUAUGUUGCUUUGGACUUUGAGAAGGAGAUGUAUGAGGCGACGAACUCAGAGGAAUUGGUGAAGGGGUUGAGUGAGCCAGUUGAUCAGCACAACAGUGCUUGGCAUGGUGGAUCCAAGUAUGCGUCGCAGAGCGCCUUCCAGCAGGUGUGGAUUACCAAGACGGAGUAUGAUGAAGCUGGCGCAUCCAUUGUUCAUACUAAGUGCUCCAAACUUCAGUAUGGCCCUGCUAUUGCAUUCUAA